AUGUCCAUGUUCAGCACCGGCAUCCUGGUCCUUACGUCUCCGUUACACGUCCUCCCUCUUCGCAUCGCCCCCGUCCUCACGUCUGCCGCCCAGGUGGUCGAGCGCACACUUUACGUCCAUCUCCACCCCGGCCUCAACCUGGGCACAGGCGGGCAGGCGCGGCCCGUCUACAUCCCGCCCGUGGUGGAUCUCUGCACUCUCAUCUCCCGCCUUUACAGCAACGCUGCUGACAUUUGCGGGCACCUGGACGUCAGGGUGCUGCUCAGUAACAUCCGCUCCCAGCCUGCGACAUUGAGCGGAAGCAGCGGCCCUUUUCCAACACCUCAAAAGCUGUCCCACUCGCCUGAAGUAGUGCUGACAGACUUCCCCAUCCAGGAUUCAGGCCAGUCCUCACUGGUCACCCAAUGCUUGCAGAAGUACGCGGGUCACUGUUACGUUUGCAACCCGAGUCUCUCAUCUGUGCUUUUGCAUCCGGGACUAAAAGAGGUUGAGGAAGAUGAUGAUGGAGGAGGAAGAGAUGUGCAAUUAAAACCGUUAGAGACGUUCAGUGAUGUGGUGGUUGGUGGCACUUUUGACCGUCUACAUGGCGCCCAUAAGACCCUGCUGAAUACUUCCUGUCUGAUGGCCAACAGACGCUUUGUCAUUGGUGUGUGUGACCGGGAACUACUAAAAAAUAAGGUCCUGAAGGAGUUGAUAGAGCCGUACGAUCAGCGUGUGGAGAAGCUCCAGGACUUUCUGAACGAUGUAAAACCGUCGAUCAAGUACGAAAUCGUUCCUCUCUCUGAUCCCUUCGGCCCCUCCAUAAGCGACCCUGAGCUGCAGUGCAUUGUGGUCAGCGAGGAAACAAGGAAAGGGGGCGAAGCUGUCAACAGGAAGCGUUUGGAAAACGGAUUGGCUGAACUGGUUCUGUACGAGAUCCAGCUGUUGAAAGAUGCACAUCAUGCUGACAUCGAGGAGGAGAAGAUCAGUUCCUCCAGCCUGAGAACAAGAUUGCUGGGCACUCUGCUUAAACCGCCAUCACUGCAGCCGGAUCUGCCUCUGGAUCCGUAUGUGAUUGGUCUGACGGGCGGCAGCGGGUCAGGAAAGAGCUCUAUCGCACACAGACUGGAGGGUCUCGGCGCUGUGCGGAUUGACUGCGAUCAGCUCGGUCACGAGGCCUACCUGCCAGGAACAUCUGCCUAUCACAAAGUCAUCCAGGAGUUCGGCUCUGAUAUUCUCAAUGAGGAUAAGACCAUUAACAGACGAGUACUGGGUGGAAAAGUAUUUGGCAACCAGGAGCGUCUGAAAGCUCUGACAGAUAUCGUGUGGCCUGAGAUUGCUUCUCUGGUGAAGAAAAGAAUAAAGCAAGCAAAAGAACAGGGUAAGCAUGUUUGCGUGGUGGAUGCGGCCGUGUUGCUCGAGGCGGGAUGGACAUAUUUGGUGCAUGAGGUUUGGGUGGCCACCAUCCCAGAGGAAGAGGCAGUGAAGCGUAUAGUCCAGCGUGACGGUGUGAAGGAUGAAGACGCCUUAAGGAGACUGAAAAGCCAGUGGCCGAAUGCGAAGCUUAUAGAACAUGCUAACGUAGUGCUGUGCACGCUGUGGGAACCUGAUGUUACUCAGAGACAGGUGUCGAAAGCCUGGAAUCUUUUACAGCAGCGGAUUCAGAAGAGACAAGAAAUAACCAGAUCUUCACUCUAAAACAGGCUUCAAAAUAAAACCAACCAGAUUUCAACAUUUAGCUGAUCCUUUCAGAAGCAUAAACAAUCAGCUGUGUUUGUUUUUGAAGUCAUGUACCAUUUGUUUCAUCAAAUGCCUGUAAUCUUUAUAAGCAGAUGAGCCAGUUUCAGUUCUUAUGAUAGCUUUUCUGAUGUGGUGAAAUAGGAUUGGGACAGAAAACAUCUUGAGCACUUUUAAUAGCUCUGCAGUAUACGGUUUACCAUUUAUUCCUGUGCCUGUUGUCAGAAAUAUUCAUAUCUGGUUGUCACACUGCCAUUUAUGUAUUUUUGUACACAUAGUUAAAGUUAUAUUCAGCGAAAAAGGAUUUGAUCACGAUUAUACCAGGGUCAGAACUUAACUUUUCCAUUAAAGGGCAAACAUUUUUAUAUUUGUGAGGGCAAAUCACCUUAUUGUUUUAAAAACCAUAUGUUUUCUUAAAUAUCAAAUGCUUACACUUACCGAAUUAUUUCAAUCAAUAUUUUAAACUGUUGUCAAAAACAAUAGACCGUUUAAAAUUGUAUCUAAAUUAUACAUGUAAAAAACAGGAGCUCAUAAGGCUGCAAUAUUACGACAAUAACGAUUAUUAAUAUGGCCAUAUAAAACAAAAUUAAACGUUUUUGUUUCGUUUUGAGCACCUCACAUUCUGGCUUUGCAGACAAACAUGUCGGUCCAUGACUUUAGCGAAGUUUACCUUAAGUUAUGCAAAAAUAAAUCCCGUUAUAAUCACUGAAACGAUUAUACGAGUAUCUGCCCUGUGUUAUGAUGAGGGAACCAAUCAACAGCGCCGGCGAUUCUAGCGCUGACUAAUUUAAGCGUGUCUGAUUGGCCAAUGCAUUCCUAAGUUCAACAGAAACGUGUUUGAUUGGUCAUAAGGCUCACCGCUGCACAAACCAAUCUAACGCACGUGUGAGUGAAUCUAAAGGUGAUUACGUGAAUAAACACUCCUUUUAUCAUUUUAUUUUAAUCGCGACAGCUGUAAUACGAUGUUAAAUUGUGCAGGUGCAUUUUUACCCCUUUGUCUUGAAGCUCGUAAGGCUGCAAUAUUAUGACAAAAAUCAUUAUUGUCGAUUAUUGCUCUUUAUAUUGUAAUAACGAUUAUUAAUAUCGCCAUAUGAAACAAAAUUAAACGUUUUUGAUUCGUUUUGAGCACCUCACAUUCUGGCUUCACAGACAAACAUGUCGGUCCAUGACGUUAGCGAAGUUUACCUUAAGUUAUGCAAAAAUAAAUCCCGUUAUAAUCACUGAAACGAUUAAAUUAAUCUUGUAUUUACAUCGUAUCCGCACUGUGUUAUGAUGAGGGAAUUCGCAUGAUGAGGGAACCAAUCAACAUCGCCGGCGCUUUCAAGUGCUGGCUAAUCUAAGCGCUUCUGAUUGGCCAAUGCAUUCCUAAAUUCAACAGAAACGCGUUUGAUUGGUUAAAACGCUCACCGUUGCACAAAACCGCGUAAAAACGAUCUGAUGCACGUGUGAGUGAAGCUAAAGGUAAUUACGUGAAUUAACACUCCUUUUAACAUUUUAUUUUAAUCGCGACAGCUGUAAUACGAUGUUUAAUUGUGCAGGUGCAUUUUUACCCCUGUGUCUUGAAGCUCGUAAGGCUGCUUUAUUAUUACAAAAAUCAUUAUUGUCGAUUAUUGCUCUUCAUAUUGUAGUAACGAUUAUUAAUAUCGCCAUAUGAAACAAAAUUAAACGUUUUUGAUUCGUUUUGAGCACGUCACAUUCUGGCUUCACAGACAAACAUGUCGGUCCAUGACCUUAGCCAAGUUUACCACAAGUUAUGCAAAAAAACUUGUUAUAAUCACUGAAGCAACGAAAUUAAUUUAAUAUUUACAUCGUUUCUGUACUGUGUUAUGAUAAGGGAAUUCGCAUGAUGAGGGAACCAAUCAACAGCGCCGGCGAUUUCAGUGCUGACUAAUCUAAGCGCUUCUGAUUGGCCAAUGCAUUCCUAAUUUAAACAGAAACGCGUUUGAUUGGUUUGUGCAGCGGUGAGCCUUAUGACCAAUCUAACGCACGUGUGAGUGAAUCUAAAGGUAAUUAUGUGAAUAAACACUCCUUUUAUCAUUUUAUUUUAAUCGCGACAGCUGUAAUACGAUGUUUAAUUGUGCAAGUGCAUUUACCCUCGUUUUAAAUUUCUGACCCUGGAUUAUACAUAUGAAAGAGGGAAGAUGUUUGUUAAAUCUAUAUUGUGCCUCCUACAGACCAAAGGUAAAAAUGAAUGUCAGAUUAACCCAUAGUAGACCAACUGGUCAGUGAUUUUAGACAAAUUUACAAAAUGACUUUUGAUGUAAUCAUGAACACUUCUUGAUACAACUUAGAUUUGACAUUAAAAAUAAAACCAUGUUAAUUUCAUAAAACUUUAA